GGAUGCACGAAAAGUGUAACCCAUACGACAAGUCUCGAACUCAGAUGCGUCGCACUCAAAUCAUGCCUUGCGCUUUUGAAGCAACCGUGUGUAGAAAAGUGAAAAAUCUCAAUCUCGUACAAUGUUCGUGGUUGAUCCAGUAGUUUGCUGUAACGUGUCACGUCGACAAUCCCGAGGGAAUAGUUCAUCCAAUAAACUUAUUAGAAAAAAUUUACUGUCGAUCAAGAAGCUCGGCAGAGUCAAUGCAGACCUGCACUGAAAGAGUUGAACAACACGUCCCGCCGUCACUUCUCUGGGCUGCACGGUUCCUGCUUGACUAACAGGGAAAGAAGCAUGUAAUCAUUUCUGAUUCAUUCAGCUGUGACUUUACAGCAUCACUGUUGCUAUGCAGUUCAUUAUGACUCAGGGACGUACAAGAUUAUGUUUCGUCUUGGACGAAGAAUCUGCGAGUACGACCGAAAGAGGAUAUAUUUUAUGGCCUUGUCUUUCUGCACACUUCAAGCUUCCAGAGUCCUCACUUUCUAAGUUAGCAGAACAGCAUUGACGAAGUUCACAAACCACAGCCUCUCACACUUGGAACACUGAAGCAUCUGCUGCAGUGCUCGUCUGUUGUCACGAGCUGUUUUGGUAUCAAGUUCAACUCCGUGCGUCGUAUCCGGAAUCUAACUCAGAAAUUCCUUGUGAGUACCGAAUUCCAAGGAAUCCUGUCUGUCGUGCGAAAAAAGUGGGCCUUCUUCCAAGAAAGGUUUCGUGUCCCAUGAACACUAACAUUCUCCCAUACUGCAGAUCCUCGUUGUAUGAGAUUUGGAGAGCUUUAAUUACAUUAAGAAUGUCCUUGUUCGGCCGUAUGCAGAACCCCAGGCACAGUUUCCCAUGCAUGUCCAUAGCAAGCUAUGCGGCUGUAGCGCAAGAGGUUUGGUUCCCCCGCAUCUGAACUUAUCGGGACUAAGCUGGUGUGCGUCACGUUCUCCUCGGAAGCGACAGUGAUACAUUAGCAAGAGAAAAGGACAAUACACUCAGUGGUUUGUCUUCCAAUGAAAGAUCACGUGUAGCCAAAUUUCCUACCACGCUUCACCAUAAGACCUUCCCAGAGGUAACUCAGAGUUUGGUGGAUCACGAUCAGCUCCUAGAAGUGUGAAUAUGUUGGUUAUCAAACUGGACAUUUGUUAAAACAUCUCGAUUGUCAAAGGCAAUCAGCAGAGGCAUGGGUCUCGAAGUCAAAGCAGGACGAGAUUGAAGGUCAGAGAGUGUGCAAUGGAGAUCUUAGAGUUGAUGAUAAAACGUCCUGCUGCUUACAUCGAGCAGGUAACUCUGACCCCUGAAGAUGGACGUGGCAGAUAUGCACGCACGGCGGAAAGAUAUGUGUUGAAUGCGUUUUUACCUGUUGUCUACGACUUGAUAGACCACAUGAGCCUUCAGGUUGGGUCAGGUGCAAUUGCUAUUGCAGACUUGGGAUGCUCCAUGAGCCCAAACACUAUCACGAAUAUGGAGUCCAUUAUCAAACGCUUGAGUGAAAGAUAUAGAGCGAAUCCUGGACGAGACUCUGAAGGCAGUGAAGAGGUUCCAGAAUUUCAAGCCUUUUUCAACGAAUUGCAGGGUCACGAUUUCAACACCCUGUUCCAGCUUAUCAACAUUUCAAAGACAACUGCAGCAGAGCAAGGUGACGGUGAAGCUGUUCAGUACUUUGCAUCAGCUGUCACAGGAUCUUUCUAUGACCGUGUACUGCCUUCUUCCAGUGUCCAUCUUGUGAUGUCAUCUCUUGCGCUCCACUGGAUCUCCAAGAUUCCUACAGCUGUUUUAGACAGCAAUUCUCCCGCUUACAAUGGAGGUCAUACGGACUUGCAUCGAUCCAGCCGAGCAACUCUGGAUGCUUAUGCAGAGCAAGCAGAGAAAGAUUUGGUGGACUUUUUAUCAGCUAGGGCGGCUGAAUUGGUAACUGGAGGAUCGAUGUUCUUGGUAUUUGGAGCCAGGGAUCACUAUAUACCAUACAGAGUUGUCGAUGAAUCCUUCGAAGCUCACGAAACUGUCUGGAAUGAAUUAGCUCAAGAGGGUGAGGUGGCCGAAGACCUGCGAGACUCCUUCAAUCCGCUAACAUACUAUCGAUCGUUCAGUGAGGUGGACAAAGUACUGCAUGCCUUUAGAUCAGUGUUUGAAGUGGUAACGAAAACACUGUUCCGCAACCUCAUAUCCAUCUGUCUACAGGGUGAGUCAGAUGUCAAGAAGAGAGCUCAUAUGUGUGCAUCCAUCACAAGGGGAAUGUACUCCAACAUCCUGGAAUCACAUUUCGGGGAGAGAGUGACCAGCCUCUUCAUGCAUAGGCUUCAACAACACUUGCUAGAGAGAAUCAAAAGCAACAACAUCUAUGCGGAUCGUGCUCAUCAAGGUUGUUUUCUUAGUCUUGUCCUGCGUAGAAAGUAGGACAAAUCGUUGCAUCUCGCAGAUUGGUGGCUCAAAUCCAUCAUCAAGUUUCGAAGUACUGCAACUGAAUGGGUGCACUCUGCUAUGGAAUUAAUAGCAAUGUUAUGAGUUCAUUUUUAACAGGGUCAAUCAGUUCACACAUGAUUCUGCUGAAUCUAUGACGGCUUAUCCUGUAGUAUCAGAAAAGUGAGCUCAACCUCCUGAUAUCAAAGCAAUCGCAGGAAAAAUUUAAUUUUCUACUCAGGUUCUGCUUAGAUAUAUUCAUAACACAGUGCGUCAUUCGAGCGCUUAGUACAAAACAUCACACAGAAACACAACCAACAGAUGUUGCAUCCAAACAAGAAAUAAUCAUGUCAGAAGUGAGAGAAGGUGCAAUACAUUCACAUAAAAAGAAGAAAUGACUAUCACACUAAAAAGGUGCGUCAGCUUCUUAGCACUGUAAUCUCAAACACCCAAACUUCGGGAAGUGUCCUUCGCUCCCACAGUUGCUGGACAUGCUGAUUUUCUAAAUUAGCAGGUCCAAAUACUACACUAGAAAGAAAACUAGUAGUGCACAUGGUUCAAAUGUACUUCAUGAACCUUGCUUUCUGUGCAUUGUUCUUAU